AUCAUCACCACCACCACCGACGUACCGAUCGACCCAGGAGACGUCGCACGCUCUCCCGCUCACCCUUAUCACGCCAGAGAGAAACCCAUUUAGACGCCUCCCAACAGUGCCGAGAGCCGUGCCUCUCUCAGCCGCCCAGCAUGUCGACUACCGUGGAAAAGAUCAAACAAAUCGAAGAUGAGAUGGCCAGGACGCAAAAGAACAAGGCCACGUCUUUUCAUCUGGGACAGCUCAAAGCCAAGCUCGCUAAGCUGAAGCGCGAGCUUCUGACGCCGAGCGGCGGCGGCGGCGGCGGCGGUGCGGGCUUCGACGUGGCGCGGACGGGUGUUGCCAGUAUAGGCUUCAUCGGCUUCCCGUCGGUGGGCAAGAGCACGCUCAUGAGCAAGCUGACGGGCCAGCACUCCGAGGCGGCGGCAUACGAGUUCACGACGCUAACGAGCGUGCCGGGGCAAGUCGUAUAUAAUGGCGCACCGCUACAAAUUAUUGACUUACCCGGCAUCAUCGAGGGAGCCAAGGACGGUCGCGGCCGUGGCCGGCAGGUCAUCGCCGUGGCCAAAACGUGUCACCUCAUCUUCAUCGUGCUCGACGUCAACAAGCCCCUGACGGACAAGCGCGUCAUCGAGUCUGAGCUGGAGGGCUUCGGAAUCAGAAUCAACAAGUCGCCGCCCAACAUUACUUUCAGAAAGAAGGAUAAGGGCGGCCUCAACGUCACGAGCACUGUCCCCCUGACACAUAUCGACCAUGACGAGAUCAAGGCCGUCAUGAGCGAGUACCGUAUCAACUCGGCCGAUAUUACGAUCCGAUGCGACGCGACUGUCGACGACUUGAUCGACGUGCUGGAGGCAAAGAGCCGGAGUUACAUACCCGUCGUCUACUGCCUCAACAAGAUCGACUCCAUCAGCAUCGAGGAGCUGGAUCUUCUGUAUCGCAUCCCCAACGCCGUGCCCAUCAGCUCGGAACACGGCUGGAAUAUUGAUGAGCUCAUGGAGGCCAUGUGGGACAAGCUGAGCUUGAAGCGUGUGUACACCAAGCCCAAAGGCAAGGCGCCCGACUAUUCUGCGCCUGUGGUACUUCGGGCCACAAGGUGCACGGUAGAGGAUUUUUGUAACGCCAUCCACCGGAGCAUUGUGGAGCAAUUCAAGACGGCCAUUGUGUACGGCAAGUCAGUCAAGCACCAGCCCCAAAGGGUUGGCCUAGCACACGAGCUGGAGGAUGAGGAUGUUGGUGAGUGAUCCAUGCUUGAUGCCCGCUCCGCAUGCUGCGUACCCCUGAAGAAGUGGCAAGAACAUACAUAUGCGGCGCGACAGAUGCGCGGGCCGCGAUGAGGGGGGGGGGGGGGGGGUUCCCGUCCUCCCCUGAUACCUUACCGGCCGCUUGCGCGCGCGCUACCGUUCAAUUCAACCGCUGCAGCAGCGCCGCCGUGUGGUCGCGCCGCGGCAGCUCCCCUGCUUUUCAGCUCCUGGACACGGCCAAGAUGACGACAACGCUAACCCUCAGUAGUGACCAUUGUCAAAAGAUGAUUACAUGGAGGUGAGCCAUGGUGGGGGACUCCGCUGGACCAUUGGGCGAGGCCGGGCUGGGGAAAGAUUGUGACCACAGUGGUGCUGCGUCGGGAUGCAUCGAAGCCCGACCGUUGGCUGUGUGCCUGAAGGACUCGACCGGUGGCGAUCUCGCUGUUGGGGUUCGUCAGAUGCGAUGGCGUUCGGCAGCCUGGUUUGUCUGGACUACCCGCCUGCCUUCUGACGGGGCACUGGUCAAUUGCGGCAGACGGCCCAAAAGAAGGGCGGCAGCGUGGCGGCAUUUCGCCGACGGCCCACGCGAUGGCGCGAGCCGUUGCGGCCGACCUCGACGGGGGAUCCCAGUAUCUUUGGACUAUUGUGGCACGCAGUACCACAUUGGCGACAAUGUGGCAAUUGCAGCGAGGGUCGACGACAGCGAUCCCGGCGGGCAACGUACCUGACAAGGACCAGGACGGGCGGGUCCGGAUCCAGGACCGAGGGAAGGCUAGCAUGGAGGCCGAUUGAUUGAUACGUAGACGGAUAAUGCCAACCUUCCAAUGGGCCGGCCUCCCAUGUCUUGACGCU